GUUAGACCAACCUAAGUUGGCAGCGGUCUUGUUAGCCCAGACGGUGCAAACUAUUAACUCAAACAAAAUUCCAGAAGGAUGACUUUCCAUCAGCAUUUGAUCAUUCUGAUCUCUUUGAAAGUUAGUAGUACAAGCAUCUAUAUAAGACACUAUCAAAUGAAGUAGGUAUUCGAAUCAAAAUGAUCUAAACUGAAUAGGCAGAGGAGUAUGUACCUACAUCAACAAAUAAAACACAAUGGAUAAUACGUUCCUAAAGCAUAUUUUUAGUCAACACAAGAAACCUUCUCAGAUUACAGUAUUUUUAUUUAUAAGCUGGGUCGUUCAGUCAAAAGGACUGACAUGAAAAAGCUACAUUACCUAAUAAUAGUCACAGCUUGAAUCUGACAAGUACUUUAAAUAGCUGACUGCUUUCGAAGUUAUUAACUACAUAAGCUCUGACUCUGACUAAAACUAAAGGAAGUACAAGAACAAGCUGAUGAUGAAUGCAAAAGCAAAUUUUGUGUCGCUUCCAAGCAAAAAGUCCCACAUUGUCGCUUGCCGCAGAGACGCUUUGACAGGUUAUUCGUAUAAAGAUACAAGGAAAUGUUACGGUAAGCGAUAAACUGGGACCUUUGACUAGACUUCGACACAUUUAUUUUCUGAACGUUCAAAAAAUAAAUUUUGCUUUGUAGAUAUCUACUUUCCGUCAAUUUAGUAACAGUAUCUGAACGCGCCUGAGACUGUCACUGUCAGCCAUGUCAAUAACGUCACUGUCAAGAAAAAAAUUGAGCAUAACUUGAAUUGUUGAAUUUGUUGACGUGACGUUAUUUUUUAUUCAUUUCUACCAUCAAAUAUUGAUUAAAAAUGAUUCUUAGGGUGAUAAUACAAAACUCAAAAUAGCGCAUUCUUUUUACUAAUAUUGAUUACUAACUGUUUACUGUACACGCCCACCACUACGCAUAUGCAAACAAAAAUGACCGGAGAAGUGGUAGAGCACACAACGAAAACCUUCAAGUUUUCGUACCCGACCUGCACGAACGAAGAUGUGUUCUUCCACCUGGAAGUGCCGGUGCAGAUCCCGGGCGCGCGCAGCGGCGGCCGCGAGCUCGUGCAGCGCGCCAUGGCCAUGUUCCACGUACCUGUUUAUCUGGAGGACGAGCUAAAUGAGAAGCUAGCCCAGUUCAUAGCGGAAGAAAGCAAGAAGUUCCACGACGAGCGCGAUGCACAGCUGCUAGCUGCCCUUCGAGGGGGUGAAGGAGGGGGAAAUUUGGAGGGGGGCGCGGAGGGGGCCGUCAAGCGGUGGGAAAGGAGGUUCAAGGAACAUGUGCGGGAGUACGCGGAGCAGAAGGACACCUCCGAUGAAGAGGUGUUCGCGGCCAUGUACCACAAGCUUGUGCACUCGCCCGCCUUAGAAACAGUAUUGCGUGCGGAGGCGGGCUACGCGGCCGAGGUGCGCGCCGCCACGGCCGCGCGCGACGCCGACGUGAAGCAAUUGACACAGAGACAAACAGAAGAGAUGGAAGAAGCGCUCCGUAACCUAAACGUGACCACAACAGAAGAGCAGAUCAACGCCCUCGCAGUUCGUCAAUUUGAGGAACAAGCCUUAGCCGCCGCGCGCUGGGGCUCCCAGCUGGACGCGCUCGCGCACGCGCAGCGCGCGCAGCACCGCGCACAGCUCGCGCGCGCGCUCCGGCAGCAGGCGCCGCCCCCGUCAUCCCCCCUGUCCCCGCUGCCAGCCCCCGCCCGCGGGGGAGGGGGGAGCAAGGCGGCCGCGGACAUGGAGGAGAGCUUCACCAUCCACCUCGGCUCACAGCUGAAGCAGACGCACAACAUACGCAUUGUGGCUAUGGACGUCGAGGACAUGUUCGACACUUCUGGAGAUAGUUCGUGGGACGGCCCGCGCCUGCAGACGGCGCUGGCGCUGUACUCGGGCGAGCUGAGCGGCGCCGUGGUGCUGUGCGCGGCGGGCGGGGCGGCGCCGCCCUCGCCGCCCGCCGCCCUGCUGCACGCGGCGCGCGCCGCCCCCGACCACCACUUCCCGCCGCUCGACGAGCAGCUGCGGACCGUGGCUGAACGAGCAGCGGAGCCCAUCGAGAAGCGCAACGCGGCCAGGCACGAGCGCAGCGUGGCCGAGGCGGCCGGCGGCGGGGCCCCCGGGGCCGGCGGCGGGGCCCCCGGGGCCGGCGGCGGGGCGCCCCGGGCGCGCCGCGGGCCCGCCACCGGCGACGUGUUCGUCACCCGGCACAGCAACCUGCCCGACGCGCAUGUCGUGUUCCAUCUCGUCAUCAACGACGACGCGAGGGAGAGCGGAGAGAUGACCUCCCGACACCCGGCGAUCCUAGGGCUCCGCUCCGUCCUCCAAGGCGCCAGCAACAACGACGUGACGAGUCUGGCGCUGCCGUUAUUAUUGCGACACGAACUCACGGAGGAAAUGACCGCGGCGUGGAUCGUGCGGCGCGCGGAGCUGGUGCUGAAGUGCGCGAAGGGCUUCAUGCUGGAGGCGGCGGGCGGCGGCGGCGCGCAGCUGCGCACGCUCACGCUGCGCGCGCCGCGGGGGCUGGCGCCGCCCGUGUUCGCGGCGCUGCGCGCGCUGCUGCCCGCCGUCUUCAGGAUCUCCACGCCGCUCAAGAUCAAACCGCGCGAGUAGCGCCGUCUGACGAUCGGUGCCGUGGCCGGGAUUGUAAACGAUCGGUGCCGUGGCCGGGAUUGUAAACGAUCGAAAAAUAAUGUGUCACGUGCUGAAGUGAGUCAACUUGAACUUUAUGCGGCGAGGCCCCAUGCUUGCCAGGAAACUUAGCACCAUGUUUUCUGCUUUCCCGCCUGCAGUUUUCAGGAUAUCUACUCCAAUGAAAAUGGAAUCGUUCUAGUAAUUAGGUUGAGUAAAUUUUUUAGCGGCGUAACGCUCAUUUAAAAUCGCAAAAUUACGCGGUAGACGGCCGCGGUUGACCGGCUCCGACGUACGUAGCGACAUCGUAGGACCGGGGUGAUAGGGCGUAUUAAAAUAGUGAGGAUAAUAUAGCAACAAAAUGCGCAUACAAACUACAUUUAUUCUGUAUUCAAAAGUACAAUAUUAAAUUUUCAACAUUCGAUGAAUAAUUCCACAGUAUCAAUAUAUGUAUAUCUAAUAAUUAAAAUAGUAAUAAUAUAAUAUAUACCUAAUAAAAGUGAUUUAGUUAGACCGCGGUUUGUUCCCUUCAAUGAACCUACAUACCGUAUACAUAGGCAGUGCUAUCGCUUACUUGAGCUAAAAUGUCUGUUGUAUUUAGAUCUACAACUUUUUCUAGUGAAAGGGAGAUAGACAAAAUGAGAUAUCGAUAUAACUUAUCGAUACAUAUAGGAACCUCAACUCUUUAGCAACUCAAUUCUAUAACUAACAUUGUUUAAGAAAAUAUCUACCGCGAAAUAGUAGUACUAGCGUAUCUUCUUAAAUAGCAAUUUUUAAUUACUUUAGGGCACCUACUACAUUCAAUAGUUUUCGUUUUUAUAGUACUAGUUAUAAAUAAGGGAAAUAUAUAUAAUGUCGAUUUGAUUAAGUAUGUCGAUAUUUAAUUUUGUCAAUCUCUCGUUUUUGUUAGAAAAGUUGUAGUUCUAGCUAAUAUUUGUCUACUAAAACUAGGUUUUAAGUAUAAUAUAGUCCAGCUCCAACUUAAAUAGUAUUCGAAUCACAGGGUCCAGUCGAGAGUCGAAGCGGGCGUCGCGUCAUUACAAUAUAUAAUAUUUAUAUCUAAAAUACCUCUUUGCAAAGAAAUCGGUCAGUUUUCCACAUUAAGCAAAACAAGGUUAAAUUUGCAGCAUCUAACUUAAUUCCUCGGGUCGCACUAAAUAGUAGUUUAAUAAAAAAUGCACCAAUUUUAAUAAGUAUGCAAGAAAAGACUUUUAAUACAAUUUACAAAAAUGAUAAAAUUGAUAAUUCUGUUUAUCCCGACGACGAUAUCAAUAAGUACUUUUCUGUGUUUUUCGGAAAACUAAAAAAAUGUAAAUAAAUAAAGAAGCCUAGCAUAUUAGAAAUAAGCGUGCAAAGUCAAGUUCUAAAAAGUUAAAAAUCCCAAAUCAAAUUGGCCUAUUUCUUUGCAAGAGUCUAAACAUUCUGCGGGCACUAUUACUACGUAGGAAGCGUAAAAUCGAGAGCGUCACUAGCGUCAGCCACUUACAAUAAAAUUGUACUCAUAAUUAAAAUUAAAAACUUUAAAUGCACCAUUGUAGCAUCCUGCUUUUGUGUCGGUAUAGUAAAAUCGGCCUUAUACAUUCCAAAAAUAGCAUAUCUUUGCAUGCGAGGGGUGUAAAAGAUAAGUAGCCGAUUUUGUUAGACCUCACGAUUUUGUGCGAUCGAUUCCAUACCUUGCCUAUCAUUGCAAAGCAAAAAUAUCAAUUCAACUAAUAAACUCAAAACUAUGUUGGCCCUGCUCAGUAAUUAAAAUAUAAUUCGAGUCAAGAUAUUUAUGAGUGUUAGUAGACUAGAUAUUUAAAUACUGCUAACUGAAAUGGAGGCAAUUUUUGGCGCGGCUAUCAAAUAAAAAGAAUCCAUCGAAGACAGUUAACUAAAUGAAGUUCAUUUAGGCAUGACUUCGUUAUUUCUUAUGAAAUAAACAAGAUAAAACAUUAUUUAGCUAAUGGGAACCAUUCCAAAAGAUCUUCUCAAAAUAUCGGCCAACUCUAGGCACCUGUAAGUAAAAAAAAAAAAAGUAUUGUUAUUCGUAAAUUGUAAUAUUUAUGUGUUUAUAGACAAUAUAUGAAAUAUAAAGACAAUAUUUUAUGUUUAAUGGGA